AGUUCCGGGUUUAUUAUUCACAGACAGCAGUCGUUAUCAUUCUGUAGUUAGUCACAUAUCAUUUCAGAAAACGAUGUCACUUUUAAUGGAUAACCAAUUUGGAGAACUUCCAGUCGACAAAUCAGUGGAUACAAAGUUCUUUCUGGAGUCAGUGGCAUAUCUUCCGCCUUUUUUUGACUGCCUGGGGUCAAAAGUAUUUCUUCCUAUCAAAUCAGACAUCAGUGGCAAUAUAACAAAAAUCAGAAGUGUGUAUGACAAGGACCCUGCCAAGUAUGCAACACUACAGCAGAUAGUGGAGUCAGAGAAGGAGGCAUAUGGCACAGAGUGGCCCAAAGUGGGAGCCACCUUGGCCCUGAUGUGGCUGAAGAGAGGCCUCCGUUUCAUCCAGAUCCUGCUUCAGAGCUUGGCAGAUGGAGAGAAAGAUGAGAACAACCCUAACCUCAUCCGUGUCAACAUCACCAAAGCCUACGACCAGGCCCUAAAGAAAUACCACGGCUGGCUAGUGCAGAAGAUAUUUAAGGCGGCGUUGCUUGCAGCACCCUAUAAGUCAGACUUUAUAAAGGCCCUGUCAAAAGGUCAAGAGGUCAGAGAGGAGGACUGCAUGGCUAGUGUACGCCAGUUCCUCAUCAAUUACACGGCCACAGUGGAUGCAAUCUAUGAGAUGUACACAACACUGAAUGCAGAGCUGGACUAUAGUGUUUGAUGUCCCCCAUACUGGACCACAGCAGCAUCCUGCGUGUUAUUUUCUUUCAGUCUUCUAUUUUUCAUCCUUUCUCUCAGGUUAUGGAACAUUCCAGCUUAUGAGGAUUGAGGACUUUAUUUCAAUGACACUGUUUUUAUUCUUAUCACCAUUUGUAUUAUUAAUUUCAUGUCCCUCCUUUUAAGUCCCUCCCUACUGAAUGUUGACGGUUUGGCUACUGGAUGUUGCUACUGGAUGGAAAGUGGCAUAUUCCGUGUUGAGUCUGUUAUAAAUUCAAGAAAUGUAAAAAUUGCAGGAAUGUUACAGGUCUAGCACAACUCUUGUUAUGUAAGCCUAUUAAGCAGUCUGCUGCAGUUACACAUGAUCCACCAUCAGGUAAGAGACAUUUAGAAGUGAUACCCAGAGAGCUGGUCAGUGUUAUUCUAGUACUGUAUCUCUCUCUGUGGGAGGGAAGAGUGUAUCUGCUGAUGAUACAAGACUCAUGAAAUCCCUACUGUAACUCUACCCUGAAACGUGAGAUAGUACCCUCACUGCCCUGUAGCUAGGGGAAGAGUUAACUACCCCGUGCCUUUAGAGAUUAUAACCAGCAUUAGUGGUUUUAAUGCUUAGUGCUGUCUGCUGUGUGAUGUUUUUUGCGUGGCUUCUGCAUGUUUGUUUGAACAACUGAAUCUUUAGUUGAGUAGGGUUGCACUUCCUUCAUGUCUUUUUGAAAUACAUAUUUUCAAUCC